ACCUUACACAGCAUAAUACCUAUGAAUUAAUUUACACUAAAUAAUAAAUUGGUUAUUGAAUGACAAUUUUUAACCUUCAAAAUGGUAAAAGAACAAUUUAGAGAGACAGACGUAGCACGUAAAAUCUCCCAUGUAUCCUUUGGAGUGGAUAGCCGCCACAACAUGGAAAGGCAGGCCCAUAUGCAUGUUGUGGCUAAAAAUUUAUACAAUCAGGAUGUUGAACAUACUCCAGUUCCAUAUGGAGUUCUUGACAGAAGAAUGGGAACCUGUAAUAAUACAACCAAUUGUGCAUCCUGUGGUAAAUCUUUAAAUGAAUGCAUUGGACAUUUUGGCUACAUUGAUUUGGAACUACCUGUUUUCCAUGUUGGUUAUUUUAGAUCCAUUAUUGGUAUUCUACAGAGCAUUUGUAAAACUUGUUCUCAUGUUAUGUUAUCCAAAGCAGACAAAAAGCAUUAUUUAACCAGAGUAUUAAAUCCCAAUUUGGGAUACUUAACACGUAAAGCACUGCGUAAACAAAUUUUGGAGAAAGCUAAAAAGACUACAGUUUGUCAGAAUUGUGGGGAUCUGAAUGGAACUGUUAAAAAAGCUGGUUUACUUAAAAUAGUUCAUGAAAAGUAUAAAGCAAAGAAAAAAAUAGAUGCUAUUGUCCAACAAAAACUGGCAGAAUAUAAUAAGGUACUUGAAGAUAAUAAGGCAUUAGAAGGAAUACUUCAGAAUGGGCUGGUUAAUAUAUUAAAUCCUUUAGAGGUACAAAGUAUUUUGGAUAAAAUACCAGAAAGUGACAUUCCUUUGUUAUUGAUGAAUCCAGACUGUGCAUUGCCAAAAGAUUUGAUAUUAACAAGAAUUCCUGUACCACCCAUCUGCAUUAGACCUAGUGUAGUAUCAGAUUUAAAAGCUGGUACAACAGAGGAUCACUUAACAAUGAAAUUAUCAGAAAUAGUUUUUAUUAAUGAUGUUAUUCAGAAACAUAGACAAAGUGGAGCUAAAGUACAAAUGUAUAAUGAAGAUUGGGAAUUCUUACAAUUACAUUGUGCUCUUUAUAUAAACAGUGAAAUGUCUGGGAUUCCCCUUAAUAUGCAGCCAAAAAAAUCUGGUAGAGGUUUAGUACAAAGAUUAAAAGGAAAACAAGGUCGUUUUCGUGGUAAUUUAUCCGGUAAACGUGUGGACUUCUCUAGUCGUACUGUUAUCUCUCCAGAUCCUAAUCUUAGAAUUGAGCAAGUUGGUGUACCUAUUUAUGUUGCAAAAAUUUUAACGUAUCCCGAGAAAGUUAAUCCAUCGAACAUAGAACUGAUGCGAAAAUUGGUAAGAAAUGGCCCAGAUGUGCAUCCAGGUGCAAAUUUUAUACAACAAGGAAAAACGCAAUUUAAAAAAUAUUUAAGAUACGGAAAUCGUCAGAAGAUAGCUCAAGAUUUACAGUAUGGUGAUAUCGUCGAGAGGCAUCUAAGAGACGAUGACGUAGUAUUAUUUAAUAGGCAACCAUCUUUACACAAAUUAAGUAUCAUGGCACAUAAAGCAAAAGUAUUAGAACAUAGAACAUUUAGGUUCAAUGAAUGUGUUUGUACCCCUUACAAUGCCGAUUUUGAUGGAGAUGAGAUGAAUUUACAUUUACCACAGACUGAAGAAGCAAGGGCAGAAGCAUUGGUUCUAAUGGGGAAUAAAUCAAAUUUGGUUACACCUCGUAAUGGAGAAUUGCUAAUAGCAGCAACACAGGACUUCAUCACCGGUGGAUAUCUUUUAACUCAGAAGGACAUGUUUUUGAAUAAAUCUCAAGCAAGUCAAUUAGCUGGUUGUCUCUUGGCGGGACCUGAUAUUGCUAUGCCUAUAGAUCUACCUGAACCUGCUAUUUUAAAACCGACUGUGUUAUGGACCGGAAAACAAAUUUUUAGUUUAAUUUUAAAACCUAAUAAACAUUGUAAUAUUAAAGCCAAUUUAAAAACCAAAGGAAGAGCUUAUACUACUAACGAAGAAUUAUGUAUUAAUGAUUCUUAUGUUGUCAUCCGAAAUUCUGAGUUGUUAGCUGGAUCGAUGGACAAAUCAACUUUAGGUUCAGGUUCAAAACAGAAUAUAUUUUAUAUUUUAUUGCGAGACUGGGGUGAAGAUACUGCAACAACAGCUAUGUGGCGAUUGGCUAGAAUGGCAAGUUUCUUUCUCAUGAACAGAGGUUUUUCUAUCGGAAUCGGUGAUGUUACACCUGGACAAGGUCUGCUUAAAGCUAAACAGGAACUUCUAAAUGCUGGGUAUUCUAAAUGUACGGAAUAUAUUCGUCAAAUGGAAGAAGGGCGUUUAGUAUGUCAACCUGGGUGUUCAGAAGAAGAAACUCUAGAAGCAAUGAUAUUAAAGGAACUUUCAGUGAUUCGUGACCAUGCUGGUAAAGCAUGUUUAAAAGAACUUCAUCCAAGCAAUAGCCCCUUAAUCAUGGCUCUAUCUGGCAGUAAAGGAAGUUUCAUUAAUAUUUCACAAAUGAUUGCCUGCGUCGGGCAACAAGCUAUUAGUGGUCAUCGAGUACCAAAUGGAUUUGAAGACAGAGCUUUACCCCACUUUGAACGACACUCGAAAAUUCCUGCAGCUAAGGGUUUCGUGGAAAACUCAUUCUAUUCUGGCCUAACACCAACAGAAUUUUUUUUCCAUACAAUGGGUGGAAGGGAAGGUCUUGUAGAUACAGCAGUUAAAACUGCAGAGACUGGUUAUAUGCAGCGAAGAUUGGUUAAAAGUUUGGAAGAUUUGUGCCUUCAUUAUGAUAUGACUGUUCGUAACUCAGUGGGAGAUAUUGUACAAGUAUUAUAUGGCGGUGAUGCUUUAGAUCCGACGUAUAUGGAAGGAAAAGACUGUCCAGUGGAUUACAAGAGAGUGUUAGAUCAUGUACGAGCAAAAUCACCUUGUAAAAAUGAACAACCAUUAGAUGGCCCUAGUGUAAUUAAAGCUACAACUGAAUUAUUAAAUUCUGAAGAAUAUGAGUGUCUCAGUCACGAGUUUAAACAAGAAUUGGCAACAUUCCUUAAAAGUAUAGCACGUAAAAUAGCGCGUCUCCGACAUAAUGCUCCAUUAAAUAUACCUGUCAUUUUACAACUUGAACGACUAACAGUUUCUCAGUUAGUCGAAUUUAUUCAUAUUUGCAAAGAGAAGUAUAUGAGAGCUAAAAUAGAACCAGGUACCGCUGUAGGUGCACUAGCUGCUCAAAGUAUUGGAGAACCGGGUACUCAAAUGACCUUGAAAACGUUUCAUUUUGCUGGUGUAGCAUCUAUGAAUAUUACUCAGGGUGUACCACGUAUUAAAGAAAUUAUUAAUGCAAACCCCAAAAUUAGUACUCCUAUAAUUACAGCAGCUUUGGUAAAUGAUGUGGACCCAGAAUAUGCUAGGAGAGUGAAAGGUAGAAUUGAAAAAACUACUCUGGGAGAAGUUACCGAAUAUAUUGAAGAAGUUUACCUUCCAGAUGAUUGUUUUUUACUAAUAAAAUUAGAUAUUGAUAGAAUAAAAUUGUUGAAGUUAGAAGUAGACGUUAAUUCGAUUCGUUAUGCGAUUUGUAUAUCAAAGUUAAAAUUGAAUCCAAAGUUAGUAAAUGUAAGAGGAGAUUCUAUCAUCACUGUGAGUCCUAAUAAAAAUAAGUACAGUAUAAAUUAUGCACUCACACAAUUGAAGGAAAUGAUCCCUAAUAUUGUUGUAAAGGGUUUACCAUCAGUUUCUAGAGCAGUCAUUCAUAAUGAUGAUUCGAGUGGAAAAAUCAGGUAUAAAUUAUUCGUCGAAGGAGAUAAUAUGCGAGAAGUAAUGGCAACUCAUGGUGUCUUGGGUAAAAAGACAACUUCAAACAACACAAUAGAGGUUUUUAAAACUCUAGGAAUUGAGGCUGCAAGAGCAACUAUAAUGACAGAAAUUAAGUUAGUAAUGGAAAAUCACGGAAUGAGCAUUGAUCGAAGGCAUCCGAUGCUUGUGGCGGAUCUGAUGACUAGUAGAGGAGAAGUACUGGGUAUUACGAGACAGGGUUUAGCAAAAAUGAAAGAAUCGGUGUUAAAUUUAGCUUCGUUUGAGAAAACAGCCGAUCAUCUGUUCGAUGCAGCUUAUUAUGGGCAAAAAGAUGUUAUCUGUGGCGUGUCUGAAUCAAUUAUAAUGGGCAUUCCAGUUCCGUUGGGAACAGGAAUUUUCAAACUACUUCACAAAGCUGACAAAGAGGAGCCACAAAAGAAGGAGUUGAUUUUUGAUGAUCCACAGUAUCAUAAGAAAAUUAAAAAAACUACAACGUGAAUGUAUGUAAAUUAAUUGUUAUCUACUUUGUA